ACAAUGCCUGCUGCUGUUGCUGCCAUCUGCGAGCAACACUACAUGGACGAUUACUUGGACAGUUUGCCAGAGGAGGCCGCGGCUAUAAAAAUGGUAAAAGAUGUUACUUUUAUUCACAAACAGGGCGGGUUCGACAUGUGCAACUGGACAAGUAACAGCGAGGCAGUGUUGGACAGCGUGCCAAAAGAAGCCUUAGGCAUAGCAGCCUUAAGGUUCAAAUUAGAUAGACAGCAAGAAGGUGAGAGAACGCUUGGUCUUAUCUGGUACCCCGCUACAGAUGAGUUUGGGUUUGAUUUGUCACUCAAACGCAUACCUACCGAUAUAGUUAGCGGUAAACAAGUACCUACUAAAAGGGUCAUGCUUCGUGUAAUAAUGUCGAUAUUCGACGUGUUUGGUUUCUUAUCUCCAUUCACUAUUCAAGGUAAGAUAAUGCUACAGUCUUUAUGGCAAUUAUCCAUUGAUUGGGACGAAAAUAUUCCAAAUAAUAUUUUCAUUAAGUGGAGUGAAUGGAUUAAUCUUUUAAAACAAAUGCGUUAUGUACGUAUACCUAGAUGCUAUCUAAGUCCUUUAGGUGCAAGCGGCUUGGGCAACCGAGCGACGGCAGAGCCGCCGAGCAGUGCUACGACGCGCGUAGCCGGUGACUCCUCCCCCGCGCGGCCCGCGACCGCCGCACCGCCUGCUCAUACUACGCCGCCACCUACUUAUCAGCCGCGUAGCAGUGCUACGCCUAAUGCGCCGGCAUCGACUACGAAUAUUUAUAAUUCUUACGGUAAUAAUUUAGAGAUGCAUAUUUUUUGCGAUGCGUCUACCAAAGCAAUGUGUGCGGUUGCUUAUUGGCGCUGGAUUUAUAAUAAUGAAAUACACGUCGCCUUUAUAGCAAGUAAGUGCAGAGUCUUACCCGUGAAACCUUUGUUGACUGUACCUCGUGCCGAGUUACAGUCGGCUCUUAUGGCAGCGAGACUGGCGGACAGUCUACAAAAGGACCACAGGUUAGUGGUACAGCGCCGUUGUUUCUGGAGCGAUUCAACCACAUUCCUGCACUGGGUUAAGAAUGACGCGCGCAAUUAUAAAACAUUCGUAGCAAACCGGUUAGGGGCUAUUGAUGAGCUCACGCGCAGUAAUGAAUGGCGGUAUGUACCUACCAAACUGAAUGUUGCGGAUAUUGCAACGCGCGAGACUUAUGACGAUACUCUCUUCCAAAACGAGUGGUUAAAGGGCCCCUCGUUCUUGAGAAGCGACGAGUCAUCCUGGCCGCGUAAUAUUGUCGGCUCUGCAGCCGAUGAACCUGAAAGGUCAGAAAUUAUUAAUAUAAUUAAUGACUUACCUGCUACAUACUUACCUGUAUUUAAUCCGGAGCGCUUCUCUUCGUGGUUGCGGCUGUUGAGGAGCACAUAUCAUGUGUUAGUAUUCGUGCAUAAAUGUCGAAAGCAGACUUACGAUGACUCUGAGUUGAUGCGGCGAGCUGAGCUGCUACUGGUGCGACAGGUACAAGAAGAGUGCUUUGGCGCGGAGUUAGCUGCAAUUAGAAAAGGUAUGAGUCUCGAACGAAAUAGCCGAAUACUUACCUGGUCACCUUACCUGGAUGAUUGUGGAGUCCUACGCUGCGGCGGCCGUAUCAAUGCCGCACAGGGUGUAAGCGCUGAUACAAAGUACCCGAUUAUUUUGGACGGGCGGCACCAGGUGACGCGAUUGCUCGUGAAGCAUUAUCACGUCAGGGCUGCGCAUGAUUACCAGGAAACAGUGGUGAACAAUCUCAAGGAAAAAUAUGCAAUCACGAGGAUAAGGCCAACGGUUAAACAUGUGGCUGCGAGAUGCAUGUAUUGUAAAAUACGCAAGGCGCAACCACAUGUACCUGUAAUGGGUGAGUUACCUCCAGGCCGAAUGGCGCAUCACCAGAGGCCAUUUACACAUUGCGGCCUUGACUUGUUCGGCCCUAUGGAGGUGGUGGUAGGCAGAGGACGCCAGAAAAGGUACGGGGUAAUUUUUACUUGCCUUACGGUAAGGGCGAUCCAUUUGGAGAUCGUACAUUCUCUCACCACCGACUCCCUCAUUAUGGCGUUACGGCGUAUGGCGUCGCGUCGAGGAUGGCCAGACUGUUUCUACUCGGAUAACGGUACGAAUCUACGGGGAGCUGAUACCGAGUUGAAACGAUCUGUGCAGGAGCUCGACAACAAAGCUGUCAAUGACUUCGCAUUGACCAAUGGUUCGAGUUGGAAGUUUAUACCUCCCGCGAGUCCCCAUUGGGGUGGGGCAUGGGAGCGCCUCAUACGCAGCGUUAAGAGAAGUCUUAGCGUUGUUCUCAAAGAGCGGGCACCGAAGGACGAAGUUCUCAGCACUCUGAUGGCGGAGGUGGAGAAUAUUGUCAACAGCCGCCCGCUAACCCACGUCUCCGUGGAACCAGGUAGUGAUGGUGCUUUAACGCCGAAUCACUUCCUUCUCCACUCUUCCCCUAAUAUUCCCGCUUUAGGCGUCUUUGACGAUUCAGACUUGUUCCUUCGGAAGCAAUGGCGGACGAGUCAAAGGCUGGCCGAUAUGUAUUGGCAGAGGUGGGUAAAGGAAUACUUACCGGAGCUACUCCCGAGAAGGAAGUGGAACAAUGAGCAAGCUCCACUCAAGGUAGGAGACUUGGUUUUAGUUGUAGAUCCAGGAGCACCACGCAAUGUGUGGCCGAAGGCGGUCGUCCAGCAGGUUUUUCCAGGUAGGGAUGGUCGGAUCAGGCUAGUGGAAAUAAAAACCAAAUCUGGCGUUUUGAAACGGCCUGCGGCGCGCGUCGCUAGAAUCCCUUUGGUUAAUGAGUGCUGAGCCAGCACUGGGGUGGGGCGUGUUAGCGACGUGCUCAAAAUGGGUUUUUUUCUUUGUAUUUAAUUUUGUUCAUUAUGGUGGUACUAUAAUAAUUUGUACAACUUUAGUCUUAAGCUGAAAUUUGAAGGUAGAAUAUACCUACGUGUGACGCAGCGACAAGGCUCCAACGGUUUUUGUCUUUGACCACGAGUCAGUCGGCUUGUCAAUCCGCGCGCGACACACGUAUAUACUGCUCUCAUAUUUAAAUCACGUGGUGUUGUAACUUCUAGAUAAUUAAACUGUUUUUCGUGUCCCGUA